CACGGAAAAACUGUGGCCAUGGUGGUGAGCCAGUUAGCCUGCUAGCCAUUUUAGGCUGUUCGGCCAAAUGUUCGGCGAACAGUGAUACCUUGUCAGUUGACGAAGGAGGAUGUGGAGGGGAUGUGGCUAAAUAAUGGGCAACGUUUUUGGGAGAAAGAGUCGCCCUACUCGUGUGACGGAACAAGACAAAGCCAUUUUGCAAUUGAAGCAACAGAGAGAUAAGCUGAAGCAGUACCAAAAGAGAAUCUCCCUUCAACUGGACAAAGAGCGACUUCUGGCAAAGCAGUUGCUAAAAGAUGGCAAGAAAGAAAAAGCACUGCUGCUUCUUAAGAAAAAACGAUAUCAGGAUCAGCUUCUAGACAAGACUGAAAAUCAGAUUUCAAACCUAGAGCGCAUGGUUCAAGAUAUUGAGUUCAUGCAAAUUGAGAUGAAAGUCAUCGAGGGGCUCAAAGUUGGCAACGACUGUCUGAAGAGUAUGCACGAGAUCAUGUCAGUGGAAGAUGUGGAGAGAAUCCUGGAUGAGACCCACGAGUCAAUUGAAUAUCAAAGGCAAAUAGAUGAAAUGCUGGCUGGAGCCUUGACUCAGGAGGACGAGGACGCUGUUUUAGCAGAGCUGGAAGCUAUCACUCAGGGAGACGAUGUAGCACUUCCAGAGGUCCCCACUGAGCCAAUACUGGAAGUCCCAGAGGCAGCUAAAGCUGAACCAGAGAGGAGAGAAGCAAAGAACAAGCCGGACAGAGAAAUGUUGGCUGCCUAACAGACUGAGUUUGUGGUUGGGAGUCUUUGUACGGAAUUCUGUUCAUUUCAGUAUUUCAUCCUUAAUUGUUAGUAGGUGAAGGUAGGACCUGCAGACAUCAGAGCACCUUUACACAUUUUACAGGUUCAGCACUGUGUCUGUACUCUGGUUCACAUCUUCCCUGAACAAACAGGACGUGUCUCUCUGUUUCUCACUUGGUUUAACAGAAGGAAAGGACUAAUUUUUAAAUGUUUUACACAUGGAUUUUAGUGGUUUUCCAUAGUAAACUGAGCUGUGGCAACAA